AUGGGAAAACGUAAGGGACGCCGUGCAAUCGCUACCUCAACAUUGGUCGACUCCGUGACAUCUGAGACGGCGGAUCCUUCGUGUGCUGGUGGCUGUUGCGGUGGCGUCAGGAGCGACGGAGGAGAAACUGCCGCAUCCUGUUCCAGCAGCGACGAAGAGGUUAACGCGGCUGAAGACGAAGGAGGAUCCGCUGAUGGCUGCUGUACUGGGAAGGAGAAAGAGGCUCUGGACGAUUGCUGCUCCUCCAAGAAGGGCACUGGUUGCAACAACAGUGACACUGCUGAGACGGCGAAUGGGGCGGCGGAGGCUGUGGGCGUUGCAAUCGAGCAGGAAAGCGGCUGUGCCAAUGCAGACCCUAAGCCAUCGAGCUGCUGUUCAUCAAAGAAGCGGGAGGCUUCUGCGGAAUCUGUUACGUCCCAGGAAGUGCCCAAGAAAUCUAGUUGUUGCUCGUCGAAGAAGCAGAAAACAACUGAUGAUUCUGGUGCUUCUGAGGAACAGCCAAAGACAUCCGGUUGCUGUUCUUCGAAGAAACAGGAGACUUCUGGUGGAUCCAAGGAAUCCAAGAAACCUAAUCGUUGCUCAUCUGAUGCUCCUGACGCGUCCGAGAAGAAGUCCAAAAAAUCAAGUUGCUGCUCAUCAAAGAAAGAUGAAGCUCUAACUAACUCCAGCUGCAGUUCAUCGAAAACUUCAGAGGUUGCAGUCGAAGUUGACGGCUGCUGUGCGUCUAAGGAGAAGAAGAUAUCAUCUGGAUGCUGCUCGAAGGAGUCAAACGUAGAGGCUGAAGCUAAGAAGUGUUGCUCCUCCAAGGAGCCAAAGAAGUCCAGCUGCUGCUCAUCCGACGCGUCCGAGACUCGCUCAGAUGGCUGCUGUUCGUCGUCCAGUAAGACCAAGAAGACGCUCAGUUCAGGUUGUUGUUCAUCCGAAGAGCAGGAUCUGCCGCAUCCGGAGAGAUCUCCUAGCUUUUUGAAGCGAUUAAUGCAGUUCCGCAGCGAUCGUGGGGCUUCUCUCGAGAAACAGCGACCUCAGUCGGGCAGCUCAGGAAGGAAGAAGACAACAACCGAGUCCCUAGAAAUUCUUCGCUUGAACAUCAGUGGAAUGACAUGCAGUGGUUGCUGCACACGCAUCGAGAAGUUCAUGAGUACGCAACGAGGUGUUACGGACGUAAACGUGAGUCUGCUUACGAGUCGCGGGAUCUUCCAGUUCGAUCCGCAACUAGUCACAGCGAAGCACAUCGAGAAGACUGUGGCCACUUUGGGGUUUGAACCCAGUGUGCUGUCCAGUGACGAGUUAGUGAGCGUUGUUCUGCAACUUGGACAAUCCGAGAGCUCCCUGAAAGCCAAAAAGGUAAUAACUGAGAUCGAUGGCGUCGUCUCAGUUGAAGAUAUCGAUGAACCAGCGGUAUCUUCCGCUUCGCAAGGCAAGGCUUUGCGGGUCGAGUACAACCCAGACGUCACAGGUGCUCGUAGAAUUGUUCGCCACCUAUCUCGUGAGCUAGGUUUUACCGUUCAAGCGUCAACUCCGCAGGCGCCAUCUGUCCGUGCAGGCGAGGAAGAAGUCCGACGCUUUACGAGGCUCUUGUUUUGGAGCUGCUUGCUGUCUCUGCCCGUAAUCUUCGUCGAGUUCUUGCUGCCGGCGUUGUAUCCAUUUUCUGAUGGCAACCCAGCAGACGUGGGCUUAUGGGGCACUGCCAACCGUCUGAGUAUUAAAGAUGCGGUGGAAUUGGCGUGCGCGACGCCUGUACUCUUCAUUGUGGCCCGCCCCAUUCACGAGAGCGCCUUCCUCGCGCUUCGGUACGGUGGACGCGUCACAAUGGACGUUCUCAUCUCGCUAAGCGCCUGUACUGCCUUCGCAUUCUCCGUUUUCACUGUCGUUUGUGGAGCACUUGCCAUUACUCAAGCACAAGAGGGUGUGACGGAUCCUUCGACCGCGCCCCCGCCUCUCGUGGAGACUCCUGCUAAAGCUGACACUUUCUUCCAAGUCACGGUACUGCUGGUUACACUCAUCCUCGUCGGCCGCUACAUCGAAACACUGGUUAAAGCACGUGCCUCGAACAGCGUGGACGCGUUGCUGCGGAUGCAAGCCAAGACUGCCAUUUUGCUCGAAGAAGGGGAUCAGAAGGAGCUGUACAUUGAUGUGGUGCUCGUUGAACGUGGAGAUCUGCUGAAAGUACUACCUGGUACACGAAUUCCGACGGACGGCGUGGUUGUUGGAGGUGCUAGCUCAGUGGACGAGUCCAUGGUGACGGGCGAGGCUCGGAAGGUGCCCAAGGAGUCUGGGGCAAUUGUGAUCGGUGGAUCUAUCAACUCUCAGGGCGUUCUGACAGUGCGGGUAACUCACACUAUUCACGAAUCCAUGUUGGCACGCAUGGUGAGACUCGUAGGAGAAGCUCAGGCGUCUCGUGGUGUACGUCAGAGCAUUGCAGAUGCUGUGGCCGCAUACUUUACGACGUUCAUCAUCAUUCUGGCCGGAGUGAUGUUCAUUCUCUGGUAUUCGCUCGCUAAGCACGGACAUGUGGAUACUCAAGGCUGGGCUCCUUUCCCGUUCGCGCUGCGCUUUGCCAUCACCGUGCUAGUCAUUAGCUGUCCGUGUGCGAUUAGUCUAGCCGUGCCGACUGCAGUGAUGGUGGCGACAACGAAAGGUUCGCAGGUGGGUAUUCUCUUCAAGGGUGGACGCGCAUUAGAAGCGCUUGAAGAAGUGGAUGCUGUUGUGUUCGACAAGACGGGCACUCUCACGACUGCUCAGCUUGGCGUUGCUAAUGCCUUUAUUCCGCAAGAUACUUUUGAUAAAAGACACCUCUGGAGCUACGUAGCUGCCGCAGAGAAAAGUAGCGAACACUCCAUUGGUAAAGCUCUCGUAGCGCACGCAGAGACUCAGCUUCAAGGCUCACAGGUCGAAGAAGUGCAAGGAUUCGAGGCUAUUCCUGGUUGUGGUGUACACUGCACCGUGCGAGGUGUUGAUGUGCGUCUUGGAUCUCUUACCUGGCUUAAACAGCAGACUUACAGUGACUGCCGCGCUCUUCGAGUUCCUGCCGAGUUUGUCGAAGCAAACCGACGUUUCCACUCUCUGGGCAGCAUUGUGGUCUUCGUUGUCAUUGAUGGAGAAUUGGUAGCUGCAGUUGCGCUGCACGAUACACCGCGUCCGGAAGCUAAGCGUGUCAUCGAGCAGCUGAAACGAGAUGGAGUUCAGCCAUGGAUUGUAACCGGUGAUCAGCGUGGCACAGCCAUGAGUGUGGCUGCAGCGCUGGGCGUGCCUGAAGGUUCUGUGCUUGCUGAAAGUUUGCCUCAUCAAAAGGUGGACAAGGUGCGCUUGUUGCAAAGUCUGGGUCUGCGAGUUGCGUUUGUUGGGGACGGCGUGAACGACGCACCAGCGCUGGCAACGGCCGACGUCGGUGUCGCACUUGGGGCUGGUACUGACGUGGCACUCGACGCUGCUGACGUUGUGUUGGUUAAGGAUGAUCUGCGCGACCUGCUCAAUGCCCGAGCACUCUCGAACGCCACGAACCGACGAAUCAAGCACAACUUUGCGUGGGGAUUCUUGUACAAUCUGCUGAUGAUGCCCAUUGCAUGUGGCGUAUUGUACGCUCCGCUGGGGAUCUGGAUCCCUCCGGCCCUCGCUGGUCUAUCCGAGUUGCUAUCGUCUGUGCCUGUGAUCCUGUUCUCACUUCUGCUUAACCUUUGGAAGCCGCCGUUUGGUGGUGACUGGGGAUUAAAGCAGCAGCACGUAGCAAUCGACGUGACGGAGUCGACUCCUCUGCUGCUGAAGCAGCGCUAA